GGAGACAAUGGUGUAAAACAUGCGAUCCAGGAUUCUUAGUUAGGAGUUGGAAUGUCGAAGAUGAAACCAUAAGGGAAUUUAUCUUAAACAAUGUAAAAAAAGCAAAUCAUUACGACGACCCAUUUCUUGAAUACAUUCCUUAUGGAAAUCUUGAAAUUAUCGAAAGAAUUGGUGAAGGUGGCUAUGGCGUUGUGUAUCAUGCCAAGUGGCAUGAUGGAUUGAGAUACUGUGAUGGGAAUGUUAAAAGUAAACACAAAGUAAUUGAUGUCGCUAUGAAAGAAAUAAAAAGUGGUGAAUUUAAUUUAAUGCAUUCUAAAACUUGUUCAAUAUCAGGACGUUCCUCAGAUUCAAAUCUCCAACAGCCUAAUUUUUAA